AUGAGUGCUGCUCUUCUCUCACGAUUUGAUUUGGUUUUCAUACUACUUGACAAACCUGAUGAAGUACUGGAUAAACGAGUCUCAGAUCACAUCAUAUCACUUCACGCUGGAUAUGGAGAACAUUCACCAGCAGCGAAAAAGUUACGAACAGCAUCACUCAAUGGAGGCAUAGAUAUGAGUGUAAGAAAUGGAUCUUUGGUUUCACGGUUGAGACUGGACCCAAAGAAGGAUGUUGAUUUUGCUCCACUGCCUGGUCCACUUCUUCGCAAAUAUAUUGCUUAUGCUAGAACUUACGUCUUUCCUAGGAUGUCAAAACCAGCAGCAGAAAUACUACAGAAGUUCUACUUGCAGCUUAGGGACCAUAAUACAUCAGCUGAUUGCACACCAAUAACAGCAAGGCAACUGGAAAGUUUGGUGAGGCUGGCUGAAGCUCGAGCUCGGCUAGAAUUGAGAGAAGAAGUAACAGGCCAAGAUGCAAUGGACGUGGUUGAAAUAAUGAAAGAAUCCCUAUAUGAUAAAUAUGUUGAUGAGCAUGGCUUUGUAGAUUUUGGUCGAAGUGGGGGAAUGAGUCAACAGAAAGAAGCAAAACGGUUUCUAAGUGCCCUCAAUAGGCAGUCAGAGUUGCAGCAAAAAGAUACCUUUUCAAUUUCCGAAAUAUACAGUGUAGCAGACAGGAUGGGCCUAAGAGUUCCAGACAUCGACACGUUUGUUGAUAACUUAAACAGUGUUGGUUAUCUACUCAAGAAGGGACCCAAGACAUUCCAGGUGCUAACGUCUUCUUACUCCCGGACGGAGGGAGAUCAUCGUCAAAUUCACUUGGAGCCUACCAUACAACCAACCAACCAACCAGGAGCUCAUGCAAUCAUGUAUAGUGAAAGCUCGAAACUCUACAAUUGUGGAUAUGUAAAAGAAUGCUAUCUUAUUACACUUGAUAUUUUUAAGGUGAAUCAAUUGCAGUCUAGGUUUGAAAGCAAGGAAGCCUAA